AUAGAGGGCCUGCUAUAGAGUGAUGGCGACGCCCACAGAAAGUUUAGUAUUGUUGCAGUUCUUUUGAGAUAUUGAACGAACAACAUUCAUAGAAACAUGCUUCGGGCUUUGUAUGACUUCCAAAGUAAAGAUGGAAAGUCUAUGAGCUUUCGCAAAGGACAGCGGUUCACGCUGCUCGACAAAAGCAAUGCUCACUGGUGGCAAGUCAUGACUGACCAGGGUACGGUCGGAUACGUACCCGGUAAUUAUGUCGCAAAAGACGAUUUGCCUUCGGACCAAGUUCUUGCCUCUAUAGACCGUGCAAUGGAGUUCGUACACCUGGCUGCUACUAACAAAGGUGGCGCUUACACAAACGAGCAACGAAAAAGUUUACAAAAACUUGUUGAACAUCGUCAACAAAUAGUACGUGCGCAGGUAGUCGAAGAUGUUCCACAGCCAAGAAGGGUUGCACCGGCAGCACCUCCGACCCAAUCAUCGUCAUCCCAACGAACUUCCAACUCGUGUGCAAGGACAACCACUCCACCAACAUCACCAAAUUACUCAGUUGUACAGCGAGGCAGCAGUACAAAAUCUCACAAAGCGCCAUCACCGCCCGUGGAUACACAACCCGUGCAAUAUACAAAUCCAGACCCGCCCCCUGACGCAACGGCACUGCCAUCAACACCAAGACCCGUUGACGUCGCGACAAGUCCCAUACAAUCGCCUACUCGAAAAUACAGGGCACCAUUAUCUCCUGAACUAUCUAAGUCACCGACUAUGGAAGCCCUGAUAAGUCCUACAACCAGAGCACGAUCGGACAGUUUAAUAUCGCCAAGGCUUGGUCCUGAGAUGGUUGAAAUGGUUCGAGUUAACACAAAUUUAAGUUUCAAUAAAUCCAAAGUGGCAGUUGCUAUGGUGCUAAAUCAUGUCCGAGAGUCGGUGCCCAGUGUUGCGACAUUGAUGGAGGAUAUCAUUAAAACACUGGACACAACAGGUGUUUCAGUUGGAGGAGGAAGAGAUGAAGAGAGGUUGCAGGUCAUCUUCUCUGAGCUCACCAGUUGCAAAGAUGACGCACAGCAGCGGAGCUGGGCACUGCACGAAGAUGAGUCAAUAAUCACAGAAUACUUGGAGGAGCUUCUCUCAAUAUUGAAUGAUGCUGAUAAGUGCGUUAGUCAGGGAGUUAUACGACAAGAUGGAUUUGAACCUCUAACAUCUCUUGUGCAGUAUUAUCAGAUGGAGGUAAGAGUAAGUAUACGUCUCCUCCUCUUGAAAGUGUUCGGGUGCAUAUGCUCGUUGGACGGCAAUGGUCUCUCCCAUCUACUGUCUUCUGUACUCCCGGUUGAGAUAGCGCGAGAUAUGGCCACCGACACGAAAAAUAUUCAGAAACUCUGCUUCUCGGCUCUUGUGCUCACCAUGUUGCUCUCGCAGGGAGAAUCUGUUCCAUACACGCAUUACGAUCAACUGAAUGUUGAAUUUGUGAAAUAUUUAUUGAGCUCAAUUGAGAACCCACCAAUCAAUGAUGAGGAUGAACAAAUCCCUGACCUUUUCGUCAACGUCAUCCUAGCAUUUAACCUUCAGUUUCCCAUUCCAGCAGAAAAUCCAGUAAUGAAGGCCUUUUCUGAAAGUCCAAAUGUGAAGUAUUUUACUGAAAAGUUCAUGCUGCUGGUAAAUAGGGAAGCGGACCCAAUCGCCAUGUUUGAUCAUGAGCCAAAGCCACAGAAUUCAAUGGUCAAAUUCUUAGCCGAUAUUUUCUCAUCGACACACACAUCAAAUAUAUUCUACACCAAUGAUAUGAGGGUUUUGAUUGACAUCAUCAUACGACAGCUGACAGAUUUAUGUUCAGGAGACAAGAAUCGUACAGAAUACAUUUCCCUCGUCCAUAGCAUCCUCCAAGUUACAUCAUACAGUGAACACAGACACCGCAGGGAUGACCUUGAAAAAUGCUUCAGAUCAAUAGCGGAAGAAGAGAGCCAGUCCAGUGAGAUGGAUCGCCUCAUAGUUGCAGAAAUUUUCAAGCAGUUCCCUGACCUUUUCUAGUUGGUCUGAAUCUGGUGUCAGUGGUGGAUCCAGAAAUUUGAAAUGGAAGUGCCCGGGGAAGAACUUUCGCAGAUGGGAGGAUCUGUAACACCUCAGCCCCACCAUGGUUGAUGAGGUAAGAAAUGUAUGAUUAUAAGACUUCUUGAUGGCUGGAAAUGGCAUUCUCAGAUAUAAAUUUGAAUAUAAUUCCUUUUUUCUCCAUGUUUUUUACAAUUUUGACAAAUUUCAGGUGGGGGCAGACAGGUCACCCCACCCUUCCCAAAUAAAUCCACCACUGCAAGUUGAAAUCUUAAUUGAAAA